AAAGCAUAUCACUCGGCGCACGAAACGAAACUGCCACGCCCACAUUUGGAGACGCUUUGAGCAAAAAUUUGUAAACAAAUAAUACAAUCAACAAGAUCAGUCAAUUUUCACUAAGAUUUCUUAUUUCUGAGACGAAAAUGGGCGAGCGCUACAACAUCCACAGUCAAUUGGAGCACCUGCAGUCCAAAUACAUCGGCACCGGACAUGCAGACACGACCAAGUUCGAGUGGAUGGUCAACCAGCAUCGCGACUCGUACUCGUCGUACAUCGGUCACCACGACCUGCUGAACUUCUUUUCCAUCACGGAGAACGAGACCAAAGCUAGGAUGAAGUUCCAGCUCAUGGAGAAAAUGCUGCAGCCGUGCGGACCCCCUCCGGAGAAGCCAGAGGACUAAAAUGUGAUUUUCAAUUAUUUACCUGCUGCGUGUGUUGAUCAGAAAUUAAAUAUUAAGUUCUUGUAAAUUACGCAUUAUUAA